AAAAAAAUGUUAUCGGAGUUGCUCUAAAGCACCAAGCUACACAAAUGUAAGCACCAUGUUUUGGUAGCUUCCUUAUGAGAAAGCCACGUGUAACUAAUUAGCAUUCUCUGAUGUAGAAAGUUUGGCUCACAAAACCAACCAAUCGGAAUCCAACUCCUCCCUUUACAUGCAAAACAACGAUGAUCAGAAGCUUACACGUGUAAGCGGACAAAAAUAACCGAUCAAAAGCACGAGGGCAUUUGAGUAAAGGCAAGAAAAACAACAAAUGGCCAAGCCAAUGGUGAUAGGUGUAGGCACGCAUGGCAGCCAAGUUCACACGCGUUAAGAAGAGAGAGCGUUUUGAUUGGCUGAGCGACACAGCCAGCAGACACAGAGAGAAAAGAAUAAGCACAAACUGACUUGGCUCAGUCGUCAAAAACUACUGUCUAUCCAUCGGGUAUGUGUAGCCAUGCAUGGACCCACUAUUAUACCCAAAUCCCACAUGUCCCCAUCUCCUACUUGUUUAAACACGUACCCAUCCUUUUCUUUCCACGUGUCCUUUUCUCCUGCCUCUUAGCUUCAUGCUGCCUCUCUAUCAUUGGCUACAUACAACACUUAAAAUCCCAGCUCAACUAAUCAGCCCUUCCUAAAAUCCCUACCCAAUUGCCGCAUUCUCUUCACCGUUUUGUUCUUCGUCUUGACGCAGUUCUUGAUCUCUUUUUUUUUUCUCAUUCUGAGAGAAUUAGCUGAGCCAGCCAUGAUCAAGACUCUGAGUCCUUACUCUACCACGGAGAAAACGGCUGAGAUUAUGUCUCGCUACAGACCCAUAGCGCCUAAGCCUGAGGGCUCUGCCAACUCCUUGGGUGACACCCCGUCAAUGUCUCAGAAGAUAAGGCAAUCUCCUUACCUGAGGAAUCUCUGGCCGCAAUUGCAAGCUAGGCCAACUAGAACCAGGAAAAGAGGGAGAGCCGCCUUGUCGCCGCCGAUCAUGAAAAGACCAAGAACGACCCAUAUCCUCGGCGUUUCCUCUACCGGUCAUGUAAUAUCUCCGGCUAGGCAUCUUUCUCUGCAGGGUUUCGCUCAUGGCCUUUCUCAGCUUUCUGUUCCAGGCUUUGUUGGUGUUAAUACCAAUAACUUGGACACUGCCCCUUCAGAUUUGGUGACGCUUUCUCUUCUUCCGUGUCAGUCGCCUGAAAUCAGUUGUAUGGAACCACGAAGGGAGAUUCUCAUAGAUUUGAACACAGUGGCUGAAAUCCCUGAAGAAAAGGAUCUGUUGCAGCAACUGCAAAAUACACCCACCAGCAAUGUUAUAUCGCCUCGGCCAAUUCGACCCGUUGGCUCGACCAUAAGCGUUGGAUGCAUUACUGAGACACUAAACUCAACCCAACCUAUACAACUCUCAAAGAAGCCGGAGGAGGUCGAGGAAGAUAUCGAGUCCGACGCCUUACCAAUAGUGGUAUGCGAUUCCAACUACAAAGUCAGAUUGGCGAAUUCCGCAUAUACGGAAAUGGUUGGCCAGCCGGAGUGUUCUUGGCUAGACUCGAUGGUGACGGGUGAUAACAGGUUUGGUGGCAGCUCAUGCAAGAGGAUAUGCGGCGAGGUGAUACUUCAUCUUGCCGAUUCGAAGGUGCCGCCGUCUUCAUCAAAUAAGUUUUGUUGCUGGGUGAAUAUAGAAUGGGGGCAUGAAGGGAAGAAGAAAGCAUUAACUGCUUUCUGUGAUGUUAUUAGAUUAUCCUGCCAGUCCAAAGAUUACCUCUUUGCUUGGAGGCUUCACACCCAAUCCAAGGAGUGUUUUGAGUCUAACACCAAUGCUUGAACAUCAGUACUUAAAUAUUAAAUUGUAUACAAAAGUAAUCCACUAGAAGAUCUAGCUACCAAUAUGUAUAAUACAUAGGAAGAAAUAGAAGUAUAUGUAUAGUUUUUGUUAGCUUUUCCAGUUCAAGUCAAAAUGUUUUAAAAUAUGUUA